AUGAGUGACGACACACUGCGAGCUUGCGACCUCUGUCACUCGAGAAAGGUGCGCUGUGAUAGGCAGGUGCGCUGUGCAAACUGUAAAGAUGCAGGUGUUGAGUGUCGGCGUAUUAGGGCUCAACGAUCUCGUCCUCAACCGUCGUCGGUGAUAUCAGCCCUUGGAGAAAGGAUAUUGACGUUGGAAAGAACAGUUUCCGAGUAUGAUGAUCAUCACUUUAUUACAUUUCCCGUGUUUCUCUCUAUUGACACAACAUCCAGGGGAUUUGAGAAUCCAAGCCCAUCAAACGGUUCAGGAUCUCACCAUGCCGAUAAUGUUUCCAAGAAAAGAAGGUUAGAGGAGGUCUCUUAUCCCAAGGAUUCUUCCCAAUCCCCUCUCGACAGUUGUCCCAUCGGAUCAACGACUCACCAUGCAGAACAAGCCCGAGUCGUUAUACAAGCGGAGCUGGAAGGAAAUGAACGAAUGGACCGUGAGAGGCAGUCGAUUCUCAAGUCUGCGCUGCAGUUCGUGGACGUGAUGGCACAGGGCAGAGGCGCGUCUGAUAAAAGUUCACCGUCACUAGAAGUGUGUCGUGAAGACUCUCAAGAUCAUGUUGCUUCUAUUGCCCCAUCACCGGAGUUGUUCUACAUGCUUCUUCCAGAGCCAACGACUUCAAUCGGACGUUCCAGCUCUGUACAAUGGCCAGACCACAUCUCGGAUAAGACACUGGAGAAAAUGGCUUCUAUUAUUCUCAGUAAUGACGAUGGUGAUCAUGGUCAGGUGUUUUACCAGUAUUGCGUGUGCGUUUACGUGAAGGCCAUUUUCUUUCUCUUCCAGAAGCCUAGGGUUUACAAGGAUCCUCGCAUGAACGACCAAUUUCUGAAGUCGAAGAAAUCAUAUGAAGUUUCUGCAUUUCGGGCUCUUAAUUGCCUCAACUUUUUGAAUGCCCCGUCUUUGCCUUUCAUCCAGUCCCUAAUAUCGGCGGCAUUCUUGAUGCAAUACCUCGGCAACAUGAGCCAGUCUUGGAUUUUGAACUCAUACGCCGCUCGACUUAUUGUCGCUUUGGACUACCAUGCCAGCGAAAACCCGCUUGGAAAUUCUGAUCUCGACGAAGAAAUUCGCAGCGCCGUAUACUGGUGCUUCUACCUCGAUCGGACAUUAAGCUCGCUUCUUUACCGGCCACUCUCAUUGCCUGAACUUCGCAUUUCUCCUACAAGUCUCAUUAAUCAUGAUCAAUCACUCCCACACAUCCCGUUAAUACGUAUUCUGUUAGACCUGGCCCAGAUUCAGGGUGAACUGUUGGGCUGUGGGAAGACAGGUGAUACCCGUCAGAUAAUUGCAAAUCACUCCAGACUCCAAGAUAGGAUGGAGGUCAUACAUUCACAAUUGGAAGCUACUCGAACUUCAGCGCCUGAUUUCAUCUCUUCCGAUUGGAUUGCUGGUGACUUCUGUUACUAUUCUAUUCUAGUUGACAUUCUUCGGUCGCGUUUAAAACACGCCUUUUCUCCUUUAACACAUAAGGAAUGUUUAUCAUAUUCUCGCAAGGCUUUGAAAGCUCUCUCUCAUCUUCAAAAGAACCUGGCAGACACACCUGGAUUCAUGGACCCGUACCCGUCCUUCUUGACAUGGUCGGUUGUUCGCUCUACUCUAAGUAUAUGGACUUCCACUGACGCAUUUUGGUUCACCAGGACCGUCCUCUUAUACCCUUUAAGUCCAUUCUUCGUCCUAUUCUGCAACAUCAUCGGCGAACUAGACAUGGACGACUAUAACCUAAUCCAGGAGAUCACCCACAGCCUAUCGCUGUUCAACGCAAGUCCAUACAUCGCCAAGCUCCUCAAGCUCCUCGACUCCCUACAGAACCUGUGCACGCCACUAAUUGAAGCAAAAGAGCGCAUGGGUCCCCAGGCCAAAUUGGCCGCUUUGUAUCCUGCAAUGUCUGGGCUACGCCGUGAUCAGCUCGGUACUCCUGAUCAAUCAUACUUGGCCGAAUCUCCCUAUUUGGAACCUAUUGUUGACCCGUAUCACCAACUGCAGACGCCCAGUGAUGGAGGCUAUCGUCCGGAUGAUGAGAUGAUGUGGCAGCUGUUCAAUAGCCAGCUUUCGCUAGAGUGGUUUGAGUCUGGUCCUUUCUCUUUUCAACAAGGCUGA